AUGGAUUUUCCUCAUUAUGAAAUUAGCGAAUUAAAGCUUCAGUUAGACAGAGAUGGAUCAAGGAGUCCCAAAGCAGGAUUUCAUGUAGCCUUAGAGGAACUGAAACUUCAAUUGGCAGUUAAAACAGAGGCUCUUAAAGCUGCUAAACAAACAGAAGAAGACUUCAGGGAACAAAUUAAUUCUUUACGAAAGCAACUUGAAUCGGCUCACCAGAGUAUGAAAGAAGUACACACAACAGAAAAACAAGUGUACUACAUGAGAGACAACUCUGAUGGAAAUGGACAUUCUGACCAGUACCAGGACUUCAUACAAAGAGAAUUGAAUGAGUUGCAAAGGAUUCAGGAAGCUGAGAAACAAAUUCUGUUGGAUCUAAAGGAAAAAUCUAUGUUUGAGAAAUCACACAAUCUAGUGGCUGAAUUAGCUGCAAUACAGACACUGAAAAGAGAAUUAGAAGCUGGAAUUCAGAGGAAUAAUAAACUACAGCAGCAAUUGGAACAACAGAAAUCCAGGUCACCCAGGAAAGGAUCCAAGGAUAGUUCACAGAUUGACCAUUUUGACAUGGAAAGAAGAUUCAGUGACCAGUCCAGUGAUACUGCUAAUACUUCUGACUCCAGACGGUCAAGUGACACCACUCCACGUAAUCAAGAUAUUGAAGUUCCACAACAUUCCUACUCUUGGCCAUUGGUCCAAAAUAAAAAGCCACAGCUUCUGAAAACCUGGUCGCCAUCAUCAACAGAUUCUGAUAUUCCUUUGAAUCAUCAGAGCUUGUCAGAAAAGUCUGCACCUAUGUUGAGAAAGUUUAUUCGUCAAAUGAAAAAUCAGUUUGACAAAGCUGGGAAAGAAAAUGAUGAAUUACGCCGUAAAGUAGAUGGUUUUGAUAGUCGAGAGAUUCCAGGUAGAAAUGAUAGUGAUGUAAGUAGUUUACCCAUAAUGCAUUUGGAAAUAGAAAGACUGACACAGGAAUUAAGUGUGAAAAAUGAAGAAAUCAGGAAACUCAAAUCGAGCAUAGGCUUUGCUGUUGAUAGUAUGGACUUGAAUGAUGUACCAAAUUUAACAUUAACAGACUUGCAAAAUGAAAACUUGAAAUUGAAAGUACAACUUGGUAAUCUUGAAGAAUUGAAUAUGCUUCUUAAAAAGCAGAUUGCUUUAAAUUCACAAAGUGCUAGUCCAGAUAUUCUCAAAAGUCUUUUGAUGGAAGCUAGAUGCAGAUUGCAAGCCCUAGAGGGCAAACUAGAAGCUACUGAGGGCACUGUUAGACUAGCUAGAGGCAGAUUGCAAGCCCUAAAGGGCACACUAGAAGCUACUGAGGGCACUGUUAGACUUCAGACCAAAAAGAUGAAAUAUUAUCGUAACUUAUUAGAAGAAAAUGGACUAGUAUUUAAGAGUCCUCUAGGAAUUCGCUCAAACAGUGAAUCAAACAUUGUCAUGGCUCUUGGAGGUAGAAACUUGUGUAAGAAUAAUCGGACUCUUUCUUACGAUAACAUUCCUGAAUUACUGGUGGACUCACAGACAGAAUCUUCAGAGUCUGAUUUCUCAGAAAAUUACAAAAGUUACAGAAAUACAAAUAAUGUUUCUGAGUUGAAGGACCAGGUCAGACAAUUGAAGAUAGCCAUGGAUAAAUAUAAAGCUGUAAUAAAAUCAAAUAUGUCACAGGCCAAGGCCCAGAAAUUAGAGGAAACAGGUGGUUUUGUAGCUAAACAUACAUGUCUAAAGGAAAGGAUAAGAAAAUGGGAAAGAAAGUGCCAUGAAAUUGAGUGUUAUUACAAUGAGGCCGCUGCUAGAAUAAAGAAAAGUGCUGAUGUUAUUGUUAAUAGAAUGUUGAUAGAACUAGAAUCUGGAGGAAAUGUCCGCUUUGAAGAGGGUUCUCCUACAGAUAUCUGGUUUUCAUCAUGUCCUGAUUUGGUGCUGUCCAGAUUUUGUGCUAGUGAUUAUAAGGAUCACAAUGUAUCGGGAAUCAAAAUCCACAGGAUAAUAAGGAUACACAACAGGAUGUUACAGACACGGUUUGACGAUAUCUUGUCUUCCAUUGUGGAUGAUCCUGAUGGAGAAUACUAUCCAUGUAACAGAAAUACAGGCUACAGAAAGUUGUUAGAAUAUUUAUUUUGGAUGCAGGACCCACAGUUAUCUAAUGGUGCUAAUGAACCAGGACAUUUGUUAGAGGAAGGUUUCCUAGAGGCUCAAACAUAUAGUGAUUUGAGAAGAGAUGGUGCUGUUUCUCUUAGUAAUAGUUUGAGUUUAGCAGAUAGACAUCGGAUAGAACAUUUAACCAAAAAUGGCAAGAAUUCAGAUUAUAGUGAUUCAUGUUCAUUUAGAUAUGGUCAGUUGGUUAUUUCUAAAGUUUAUCUUGGUAAAAGUGUCAAAGCUUUAGACGAUAGACAAAUAAGCAAAAGUUCAUAUCCCAAAAUAGAUGCUGUGUUCAAACCAAGGAAGAUGUGUAUUUCUAAUGAAGGUGAUACUCUAUGUGAAUGUAGCGCCAGACAAUGUGAGUGGUAUUUAUUUGACAGCAGACUUGUACUGCCAGAAUAUGUGGUAGAGUUUGAAUAUGUCACAAAGUGGAGAGAGUUGGAGGCUGAAUUAGAAGAUCAGACAGCAUUAUAUCAGAGAGCUAAUGCUCUCAACAGCAGAAAGAAAUUAGAAAAUGACAUUAAGGAUCUUCGACAACAAGCAGAGUUAGCUGUUUUUGUAAAGGAAGAUGCUGUCAUUCAGCUUAAACAUGUACAGGUUCAGAUGAAUGACAAUCAAACAGAACUUGAUGAAAUGCAAGCCUCCAUGAAGGAUAUAGAAAGGAAACUUGAGAAUUAUAAAGCUGAUGUACUGAAAUUACAAGAAGAUUUGCCUGCUUCUGACAGAAGAAAUGCUGAAGCUAAAAGAGAUGAGCUAUAUAUAUUUACACUGUUUACAAGUUUGAGUUUUGGUGGGGUUAUUUUAAUGCUUAAAUUUAAAACAAUGCAAAAUUUGUAGUUUCCGUUCUC